AUGUCCGCAGAAAUACAGCAAAUAUCCACAAUUGCAUCCCUGCUCGAUCUAAAAACAGCCGCAAAAUCAAUGAAAAAGCCUUUAAUCCUAAAGUUCACAGCACCAUUCUGCAAUCCAUGCAAAAUAAUGGCAGAAGAACUAAAAAAGUACAAAGGCCGUGAUAUUGCGCUGGUGAACAUUGAUGUGCGUGAGAAUGUCGAGCUUAUGAAGCAUUUUGGUGUGCGUGCCGUGCCUUACUGCUGUGUUUUGGAUGAGGAGUGUGCGGUUGUUAGGGAUAGGAGCGGGUUGAUGUAUGUGGAUGAGUUUGAACGGUUUGUGGAGGGAACGGAUGAGAGGGAGCUGUGA